AUGAAAACUAUAAAAAUUUAUCAAGUAGAUGCUUUUACUGAUGAAAUCUUCCGAGGAAAUCCCGCUGCAGUAUGUCCAUUAGACAAAUGGUUGAGCAAUAAUUUAUUACAAAAAAUCGCUGCAGAAAAUUUUCUUCCUGAAACCGCAUUUUUCGUUCGAAAUGUCGAUUCAUCCAACAAUGAAAGUUAUGACAUCAAAUGGUUUACACCUGAAAUUGAAAUGGAUUUAUGUGGACAUGCAACAUUAGCUUCUGCACAUGUUUUGUUCAAUCAUCUUCAUUNAGACAUUGUAAAUAAUGUAUAG